AUGACCCAGCCUUUCUCCCUGGCCGACUGCGACGUGGUAGGCUUUGACCUCGAUCACACUCUGUGUUGCUACAACCUGCCAGAGAGCGCCCAGCUUAUCUAUGAUAGCUGUGCUCAGUACUUGGUAAAUGAGAAAGGAUAUGCUAAAGAGUUGCUAAGUGUACCUCCAGCAAGUUGGGAUUUUUGUUGCAAAGGUUUGGCAUUGGAUCUCGAAGAUGGAAAUUUUAUUAAGCUUGCACGUGAUGGAACUGUUCUGAGGGCAAGCCAUGGCACUAAAAUGAUGACUUCUGAAGAACUUUUGGGAAUAUAUGGAAAGAAGAAAUGGCAACACUUUACAGAGGACCCUUCAAUGGUUUCUCGCUCAGCAAAAUAUUAUUUCUAUGACAACUACUUUGACCUUCCUGGAGCCCUUCUUUGUGCCAGGAUUGUGGAUGGCUUAACUGGGGUAAAUAAUAACCUGGAAACAUUUGAUUUUUGGAAGGAUAUUCUUGCUAGUGUACACCAUAACUAUAAAACAACAGCUUUUAAAGAAAACUCUGGAAUGUAUUAUCCAGCAAUUAAAUGUCAUCCAGGAAAAUAUUUGAAGAUUUGUCCUGAAUCUGUAAAAAAGUGGUUUCGACAGUUGAAGAAUGCAGGAAAGAUUCUCUUAAUAAUCACCAAUUCAUAUAGUAACUACUGCAGACUUCUCUGUGAGUAUGCUAUUGGGAAGGAUUUUACAGAUAUUUUUGAUAUUGUGAUUUCAAAUGCACUGAAGCCUGGUUUCUUCUCAAAACAACCAAAUAAGAGACUAUUUCUAACAAUUGAGAAUGAUGAAGAACAAGAUGCUCUGCCCAGUCUAGAGAAACCUGGCUGGUAUUCCCAAGGAAAUUCUGACCAGCUGUAUGAACUCCUCAAGAAGAUGACUGGCAAGGCACAGCCCAAGGUUGUUUAUUUUGGUGACAGCAUGCAUUCAGAUAUUUUCCCAGCCCAUUACUAUAGUAACUGGGAGACAGUCCUCAUCUUAGAAGAACUCAGAGAGAAUGAAGACACAGUGCCUAAAAGGAAUGAAUCUGAACCUUUGGAGAAGAAAGGAAAGUAUGAGGGACAGCGCAUAAAGCCUUUAUAUUCAUUUUCUAAACAAUGGGGCUCUUUCUUUGUUGAUGGUAUUCUGGGUAAGGAGAACAUGGAGAAUUCUUUGACUUUCACAUGGUCUUGUAAACGAAUUCAUGAUUACAGCACUAUUACUGUCCCAAGUCUGGAAGCUAUUGCAGAUUUACCCUUGGACUACAAAUUUACCAGAUUCUCUUCUGAUGACUCAAAAAUGGCUGGUUAUUAUCCCAAACCCCCACUGGACAUAUUAUCAAGUGGAAAGUCUUUGACUACCAAAUAAGGCUUCCAUUUUUCCUAAAAACAAAAAGGAUAGUAAAUCAGUACUAUCAGAAUGGUAAUUUGUGAUGAAAAACACCUAGUAUCUGGCAUAUGUUUUAUUCAAAGCUAAUUCCAAAGAGCAAUACAAAUACAAAUUUGUACUUCAAACUUUUAUAUCGCCUGUGUUGGCUUGAAAACUUUCAUUGUGUUACCUUUUUUUUUUUUUUUUGCUUGCUACAUUGUUCUGUCUCAAGUUCAAUCACUUUAAAUGAUUUUGCUACUGAUUCUACAACCAAGACAGUUGUGUCCUGUGUUCUUUUGAUAUCUAUUUCAUAACAGUUGUUCUUUGUUACAAGAAGCAGACCAGAACCAAGAACUUAAAUGGGAGUUUG